AUGUUAGGAACCGCACUCGCAGUCCUUGCCACAGCCAGUUUGAAAAGUGAGAAUGCGGAAUAUGGACAAGAUGGACCAGGUGGUAAAGAGGGGAUGGGAUUGGGAGGAGACAACGGAUCCGACGUCUUCGUUCAAACUUUGGAUAUAUCACAACCCUCAAGCACGAACUCCCCCACCCAAACUCCCCUGCGGCGCGUUGAGGAAGGCUUUUUUGCUGAUUGUCGUUCCAUGGGGGGUCUAACAGAUCAACGGAACAUCUCUAAGGUUCAGCAGCUAGUUCAGGGGGAAAGGGAAUUUAUCAAGCACCUUGAGGAUAUGAUAUGCCCUGCACAGUGCCCGCGUUCCCUCAUUGAGGAGAAUGUGGAUAGGAAAACGUCAUUUGCAGUUGGAAUAAAAGACGAUCUCUUCGUCAAUAUUGCAUAG